CGUGGGGGCUGCGAAAUUACCCGUAAUCAAUUGCAACAGCGAGUGUGCGUCCCCCCGGGUGUCGGACAACCACAACUCGGCCGUCUCAGUAACAGGCGGAGCCGCCGCGUUUCGGAGUUGCGCUGUUCGCUACCUGAUCGCCAGCCUGGGGGACACUGGACGUGCUCAGAGGACGCGGACGCUGACGAGGCGGCCUCGCCACUGCUCCACCGGGAUCCUGGACCAGACCAGCCGCCUCUCUGCGAGCGCGCCACUCUCCUGUCGCCGCUGACCCUCCGCGGCCGCCGAAGCCACCCCGCGGGGACAUUCAUUCUCGCGGGCGAAGGAGCUUAGGGGCUGCGUUGUAGGGGUUUUGUCCCCUUCUGCCUCUUUUUUUCCCUCCCCCUCCCCCCUUUUCUUCUUUUCUGUGUUGUUUUGCCUAUGUUCGGGAAACCAGACAAAAUGGACGUCCGGUGCCACUCGGACACGGAGGCCGCCAGGGUCUCGAAGACCGCGCACAAGGAGAGCCGGGAGAUCAAGGGCGCCGAGGGGAGCCUUCCGGCCGCCUUCCUCAAGGAGCCGCAGGGCGCCUUUUCGGCGUCUGGCGCUUCGGAAGAUUGUAACAAAAGUAAAUCCAAUUCCUCCGCAGACCCGGAUUACUGUCGCCGGAUCCUAGUCCGAGAUGCCAAGGGGUCUAUCCGAGAAAUCAUCCUGCCCAAGGGCUUGGACCUGGACCGGCCCAAGAGGACACGCACGUCCUUCACGGCGGAGCAGCUCUACCGGCUGGAGAUGGAGUUCCAGCGUUGCCAAUAUGUGGUGGGCCGGGAGAGAACCGAGCUGGCUCGGCAGCUCAAUCUUUCCGAGACCCAGGUGAAGGUCUGGUUCCAGAAUCGGCGAACCAAGCAGAAGAAGGACCAGGGCAAGGACUCCGAGCUGCGCUCCGUGGUGUCAGAGACCGCCGCCACGUGCAGUGUGCUGCGGCUGUUGGAGCAGGGCCGCCUGCUGUCGCCGCCCGGCUUGCCUGCCCUGCUGCCGCCCUGUGCCACCAGCGCUCUCGGCUCGGCUUUGCGAGGGCCCAGCCUCCCAGCUCUGAGUGCUGGCGCUGCCGCGGGCUCGGCCGCCGCCGCCGCUACUGCCCCGGGCCCCGCAGGCGCCGCGUCUCAGCACCCGCCAGCCGUGGGCGGCGCUCCCGGCCCAGGGCCUGCAGGGCCGGGGGGACUGCAUGCUGGAGCACCCGCUGCCAGCCACGGUCUCUUCAGCCUGCCGGUGCCAUCGCUUCUAGGCUCUGUUGCCAGCCGCCUGUCCUCCGCCCCGUUGACGAUGGCUGGUUCGCUAGCUGGGAAUUUGCAAGAACUUUCAGCCCGGUACCUGAGCUCCUCGGCCUUCGAGCCUUACUCCCGGACCAACAAUAAAGAAGGGGCCGAGAAAAAAGCGCUGGACUGAUUUGAAGUGUUACCCUGUAUUUAUAUUUAUAACAUCUAUUGUGGUGGUAUUUAUGGACUCAUGCGCGCAUUAGGCGCCCAGUGCUCCUGCGCUGGCCUUCCUGGCCCCCACUAGGCCUCUGACUGCUCACCCCGCUCCCCCUCCCCACAGGCUACUGAUUUCAUCCCAACUGAGCUGUUUUUGUUCUCUCUACUUUUCCUUCCUCCAACCCCAGCUUCCUUCUAAACCAGGAUUGAUCCAAAGAAUUGGGGAGAAAUACCCGAAUUAGCAACCUGGUUCCCCCAGCCUUGCCAGCCAGGGAAUGAACAGACUGAGCCUAAGUCAGCCCCCUCCCCCCCCCCUGCACUGCUCCUAUGAGUUUUUGCAAGAUGAAGUAUGUUCGCAGGCCGUCAGGGACUGAGAAUGCUUCUUGGUUUCUUUAGGACCCCCCCCCCCAAAAAGGGCCUAUCCCCUCUUGUCAGAGAAACCAAGGCUUUUGUGAGUUUCUGGCCCGGGUUUUUAGACCUCAGGAUAAUUGGUGCAAACACUUGUCCGAAGAGUUCGUGAGUUUUUUCCCUUUAAGGAAGCUCUAAUCGCUAUCUCCUCGACCCCGAGAAACGAUAAAUCAAAUGUCUUGCUAGGCAAAGGAGGUAAUAAAUUUGAUAUAAUAGCAAUAAAACAAGGGUAAUUGUUACAUAACACCAGAUGAAGUGUUACCUAUUUUUAAACACUCAUAAAUAGUUGAGUUUGCAAAGUAUAAGAAAUUCGGGCUAGAGACCGCACCACGGGGCAGUGCAAAAUUAAAAUCCAGAGUGCUGUGACUUUAGCUAGGAACUUAAAGAGGAAAAGCCAGCGAUG